GUUGGAUCACUCUCCCCUUUAUUUAUUCCAUCGGUUAGUGUUAGCAGGUACUAGACUUGUUUAUGUGCUCCCUUUGACUCUUAGUCCUUUCAUUAUGAUCAAUUGUGAACUGAAAUUGAUCACUUGGAAUAGCGAGAUGGCAUUGGUACAUGCCACCUUGAUGGGGUUGAAUUGGAAUCCCCUGGUAUGUUUUUAACUCUACCAUUUGGGGCAAGUCAGCUUGAGCAUGUUCCAAAUUAUACAUCUCUUCCCUCUCUUAUUCCCACUCUUAUGUUUAACAGGGAUCACAUUUCAGUUAAUUUUCAACACUUAAGAAUAACUGUGUAUUAAUUACAGAAUUAAACCAGUCAUAUUAAGUAGAACAGACAAAAAAACUACUAAGAGGGAUAAUGUAUUAAGUUGUUCAUUAACAGUCAGGGCUAUGCUGAUCAAGUCACCGUUUCCCAUGGUGUCCAUUUCACUUCAGGAGGUUUCCUUUUUGGUGUUCAGUCAGUUGUCACCGAUCAGGGAGAACAUAUGGUAUUUGUCCCUUUGGGACUGACUUAUUUCACUCAGCAUGAUGUGUUCCAGAUUCCUCCAUUUUGUUGCAAAUGACUGGAUUUCGUUGUUUCUUACUGCGGUAUAGUAUUCUAAAGAGUACAUAUCCCAUAAUUUCUUUAUCCAGUCUACCGUUGAUGGGCAUUUGGGUCGGUUCCAGGUCUUAGCUAUUGUGAAUUGAGCUGGAGCCUUCAAAAUAUGUCCUCAGGCCAUACUUGGGACUGACUGAGAGAGAACUGCUGAAGUUGGGACCCAGAACUUUGUUUAAAGAAAUAGAGAAAAGUAUGAGUAUUGCUGUGGAAUCAGUGCUUUAUACCAGGGUUUGGCAAACUAAUGUUUGAGAGCCAACUCUAGUUUCCUCCUGUUUUAGUAUAACAUAAUCAUACUUAUUUAUUUAUGUGUUGUCUGUAGCUGCUUUCACACUACAAUGGCAGAGCUGAGUAGUUGUAACAUAGAGUGUAAGCCUACAAAGCAUAAAAUUCAAAAAAUAUUGAUUUGAAAGGCAGAAAUGCAGAGAGAGAAGGAGAGAGAGAUCUUCCAUCCACUUGUUCAUUCCCCAAAUGGCUGCAAUGACCUGAGCUAAGCCAGUCUGAAACCAGGAGCCAGGAGCUUCUUCUGGGUCUCCCACAUGGGAGCAGGUGCCCAAGUACUUGGACAGUCUUCUGCUGCUUUCUCUGAUGUAUUAGCAGGGAGCUAUAUAGGAAGUGGAGCAGCCGGAGCUUGAACCAGCACUCAUAUGACUGCCGGCACUGCAUGCAGAGGUUUAACAUUCUACACCAUAGCACUGACCCGUAUCUUGUCUCUUACAAAAAGUUUAUGAGCUCCUGAUGUACAUCUUGCUGCAUGUCCUAUUUAUUCCUUCUUAAAAAAAUUUUUUUUGGAUUAUUUAUUUGAAAGAGAGAGGGAGAGACAGAGAGAUGUUCCACUCACUGGUUCACUCCACAGAUGCCUACAAUGGCCAGGAUUUGACCAAGCUGAAGCUAGGAGCCAGGAACUUCAACUGGGUAGCAGGGGCCCAAACACUUGGGUCAUCCUCCUCUGCUUUUCCCAGGCCCUUAGCAGAGAGCUUGAACAGAAGUAGAGCAGCUGGAGCAUGAACCAUUGCCUAUAUGGGAUACCAGUAUUAGAGGCAGCAGCGGCCAUUUGGGGGGUGAACCAACGGAAGGAAAACCUUUCCUUCUGUCUCUCUCUCUCUCUAACUCUGCCUGUCAAAAAAAAAAAAAAAGUAAUGAAUGUAUUUAGUCUUUCCUUGAGGGUCCUCUCAGCUAAGAGCAAAUUUUUUAUUAAAUUCUGAUAACCUCUUUAAAUCUUGAUUCCAGGAAAUAUCCAUCUCAUUUACCCUAUGGACUGUCUAGUCAUGAGGAUUAGUCAUUGGCUAGUUCUUGAAAUGAUUCAGAACUGACAGUGAUUUCUGCCAAAUCUACUUGGCUCAGUUAAGGAUGGUGGGAAAGGGGCCAGUUUUAAAACAGAAGCUACAAAGUCAAUAAAGUAUAUAGACUUGGCAUCAUCUUUGGAGUGAUUUAGAUUUUAUCAUUCAGUGACUCAUUUUUAUUCCCAGCAUCUAGUGCUUUUUGCAUUGCCCAAAGGGGCCCUGUGCUGUUCCACCACAGAGGAAACUUCAAGAAAUGCUGGUUUGCUACAGUGUUGUAGCUUGUGAGAGUCUCUGGGACCUUCCUUGCUCCAUCAUGGGGUCACCACUAGGUCAUUUUACUUGGGACAAAUACCUAAAAGAAACAUGUUCAGUCCCAGCACCUGUCCAUUGCUUCAAGCAGUCCUACACACCUCCAAGCAACGAAUUCAAGAUCAGCAUGAAAUUGGAAGCACAGGACCCCAGGAACACCACCUCCACCUGUAUUGCCACAGUAGUUGGACUGACAGGUGCCCGCCUUCGCUUGCGCCUUGAUGGCAGUGACAAUAAAAAUGACUUCUGGCGCCUGGUUGACUCAGCUGAAAUCCAGCCUAUUGGGAAUUGUGAGAAGAAUGGGGGUAUGCUGCAGCCCCCUCUGGGAUUUCGAUUGAAUGCUUCCUCUUGGCCCAUGUUCCUUUUGAAGACACUAAAUGGAGCAGAGAUGGCUCCCAUCAGGAUUUUCCAUAAGGAGCCACCAUCGCCUUCCCACAACUUCUUCAAAAUGGGCAUGAAGCUAGAAGCUGUGGACAGGAAGAACCCUCAUUUCAUUUGCCCAGCCACUAUUGGGGAAGUUCGGGGCUCGGAGGUGCUUGUCACUUUUGAUGGGUGGCGAGGGGCCUUUGACUACUGGUGCCGCUUUGAUUCCCGAGACAUCUUCCCCGUGGGCUGGUGUUCCUUGACUGGAGACAACCUACAACCACCUGGCACCAAAGUUGUGAUUCCAAAGAAUCCCUACCCUGCGUCUGAUGUGAACACUGAGAAGUCCAGCAUCCACAGCAGCACCAAAACUGUCUUGGACCAUCAACCAGGGCAGAGGGGGCGUAAACCAGGAAAGAAGCGGGGCCGGACACCCAAGACCCUAAUUCCCCAUCCCAUCUCUACCCCAUCCAAGUCAGCUGAACCUUUGAAAUUCCCAAAGAAGAGAGGUCCCAAACCUGGCAGUAAGAGGAAACCUCGGACUUUGCUGAACCCACCACCCAGCUCACCAACAACCAGCACACCUGAACCGGAUACCAGCACUGUACCCCAAGAUGCUGCCACCAUCCCCAGCUCAGCCAUGCAGGCCCCCACAGUUUGUAUCUACUUGAACAAGAACGGCAGCACAGGCCCCCACUUAGAUAAGAAGAAGGUCCAGCAGCUCCCUGACCAUUUUGGGCCUGCCCGUGCCUCGGUGGUGCUGCAGCAGGCUGUCCAGGCUUGCAUUGACUGUGCUCAUCACCAGAAAACUGUCUUCAGCUUCCUCAAACAAGGCCAUGGUGGCGAAGUUAUCUCAGCCGUGUUUGACCGAGAGCAGCAUACUCUCAAUCUUCCAGCAGUCAACAGCAUCACCUACGUCCUCCGCUUCCUGGAGAAACUCUGCCACAACCUUCGUAGUGACAAUCUGUUUGGCAACCAGCCCUUUACACAGACUCAUUUGUCACUCACUGCCACAGAAUACAGCCAUAGCCACGACAGGUACCUACCAGGUGAAACCUUUGUCCUGGGAAACAAUCUGGCCCGGUCCUUGGAGCCAUACUCAGACUCAAUGGACUCUGCCCUGAAUCCCACCAGCCUUGUCAGCACCUCCCAAACUCUACGAACUCCUGGGUACCGGCCCUUGCUUCCCUCCUGUGGCUUCCCAUCCAGCACUGCCUUAGCCAUGCGCAGGUUGUGCUCCAGGGGAGUGUUAAAACGAUCAAAUGAAAGAAGGGAUAUGGAACCAUUUUGGAAGUUAAAUCAUUCCCCAGGGUCGGACCGAUACCUGGAAAGCCGGGAUGCUGCUCGACCCAGUGGCCGGGACCCCUCCUCAUGGACAGUGGAGGACGUGAUGCAGUUUGUCCGGGAAGCUGACCCUCAGCUUGGACCCCACGCUGACCUCUUUCGCAAACAUGAGAUCGAUGGCAAGGCCCUGCUCCUGCUGCGCAGUGACGUGAUGAUGAAGUACAUGGGUCUGAAACUGGGGCCUGCGCUCAAGCUCUCCUACCACAUUGACCGGCUGAAGCAGGGCAAGUUCUGAGCGGGGCAGCUGAGAUCAAGUCUCCCUGGAGGAAGGGCCGGCAGCCGCCCCAGGCCUCAGCACACCAGAGGCCGUGACGCUACCACUGCCGGCCCUCCUGCCACUGGGCGUCCUUCUGUGAAGGGCGAGGAGGGGAGAGCGUGGGGCCCAGGCUGGGGCCACUCUCCUCAGCCCUGCUGAGUCUCUCUGGUCUCUAUUUAUUUCUCAGGCCGGGCUGGCCUCAUCCGGAGUUUUGACUGAACACUUCCAAGUGUGGGAGGAAGAGGCCAGCCCUGGGGCUUUGGAAGACAGGCCCUGGAAUGACACCUGUGCCCAUGCCCUGACCACCUCCUAGGCGUGGUGUGGCACACUGUUGCCCCACAGCUCCUGCCUUCUCACCAGACUCCCAACUCUGAACUCAUGGUGCGAACCUCCACCUUAAAAAGUCGUAUUGCUAAUUUAUUGUUUCUGGCCCUUGGCCAAACCCUCUAGUUAAUACUCCUCCUGCACCAGACCCUGGGUUUCGGGAAGAGGGAGACUGCUCUGCUCUGGUCCCAGAGCCCUCUCCAGAUAGGCAUGGGCCUUGCAGAGGGCACUCCUGAGGGCACUUUCUCUCUGGAAUGGAUAACCCUGUAAGCCCUGACCACGCCGGUCAGCAAGGGGAGGAGAGGGUCCCUGUCACCUGCCCUUCUCUCUCCCCAGUGGCCCCUUUGCAGCCCCAAGCCUCAUCUGUGGGCAUGGAAGCCCCUUGCUUCGUACGGUCUCUACCACAGCUCUGUGCCCUGGCCAGAACUGCUGCCACAGAAGACUGGGCCUGAUGAUCUUAGGCCAAGGAGGUCCUGUGGUAGAUGGGAGGGAAGGGUGCCCAGGCUGAGUCGGUGCCAUCCACUCCACCACCCUUGUGCUUUCUUGUGAACCAGUCAGCAGCGCGGCUGCUCCCACAGCCAUCUGGACUGAUUUUAUGUCGGUUUGUUUAUAAAUAAAAACCAACAUAGAUGCCA